AUGUCGCCGGGGACAAGCCCCUUCGCGGGCUCGCAGCCCCCGCUCGACCUGCCGCCUGGGUUCAGGUUCGAGCGAAUGAGCAGCUUAGAAGACGCAGACACUCACUUGCCGACACCGGGCAGUGGCGGCGCGAACGGCCGCAAAGUCUCAAGCAGCAGCGCAGCGGCACUCGCCGAGACGCUGCCGCGUGUCAAGGAGGAGCCGCCUUCUUGCACGUACGAGGCCCACAAUCACGGGGACAGCACGUCCCUGGACAAGCGGACCAGCAACGGCAUAAGGGACGCAGCAGCGGCGCGCCCUGCACCUGCGCCGGUUGCGCAGCGCUCCAACAGGGACGAAGCGCAGCCGGGGCGCCCGGGCGAUGAGCGGCGCGACCUAAAGCGGCAACGGGUGGAUGACAAAGGCUCGGACGGCGAGCGCAUGGAGGAGCAGGAGGAGGACGAGGACAUGCAGGAUGCGGGGGAGGACGAGGAGGACGAGGACGAGGAGGGGGCUGCAGCGGCGGAUGGCAACGGCGGUAGAGAAGGGGCUGGGGGCGGUACGAACGGCGGCGGCAGCGGCGCCGGCGGCGGCGGCGGCGCGGGCGCGGAGCCUUUGUACGAGUGCGUCACCUGCAAUUUUCAGAUCAGCAAACGAAAGGUCCGGCUGCCAGCAGACGGGCGCCACUGGAUUGAACAGGCGGAGGAGUGGGCCGCAGACAUCGUGGUCGACGGCAAGCGGCAGCUCGAGGCGCUGCCCUUCAAGAUCGAAUGGGGCAGCAAACGGCGCGCGGACGGCUCGCUGACGAGGACGGUCCCGCAACUCCUGUUCGAGAAGGAGCCCUUCUUGAAGAUCGCCGGCGGUGGCCAGGCCCUGCGCUUCGUGAAGAUCCGCGCCGGCCUGCUGCGUUUCGACGUUCGCUCGCCCACGGCCGAGUACCGCGCAAAGUACGGCCAGGAUCCUGCGGCCAACGCGGCGGCGCUCGCAGAGGCGGCCGGCCCGCCGGUCAGGAGCCGCAUGCAGGUCGAGGUGACGGGGAAGUACGAGGUGACGGCCAACGCGAUCGUGAAAGAUGUGGUGUGCCCCCAGGGGCCGACGGUGCGGUCGCUUAGGCUGCCGCAGAGUUUCAUCAAGCUGUGCGGCGUUGACACGUCACAAUACAUCCACCUGAGGGUCGUCGCUCUGCAUUCAGAGGAUGACGCGCAGCAUGGCCACGCGGCGGCCGCCGCGGCCGGCCAAACCGAGGGCAGCGCAGGGGCCGGCGCGCCUGGCGGGCUUGCAAG